AUGGCGACGCAGGAGAGCGAAGCGACCAAAGCUACCGUGAGCAACGGCGAGGUAAAAAUGAAUGACACGUUCAGUAUUAUCUUUACUUUCUCCUCCAAGUGAAAGAUACCUACCGGUGUGUCUAACCGCUGUAUUUGACACCGUUAAAAGUGAAGCGUGUUGGCGAACGUUACACGAGCCCCAGUGACGUUGUCAGUGCCGGUUGGUUUUAAAACGGACCCCCCCUCCUGCCGUUUUAAGAUGUGUGGAGAAAUCCGGUCAGCGAGCAGACAGAUGACGGAGUGUGAGCUGUGUGGAUGGAUAAAUCCCACCUGGAGACACACGGUUUCACACGAGUCUUUUGACGGUGACUGUGAGCUGUCUAACUGCUGCAGUGAGUCCGACUGCUAACGUUAUCACAAGGCCUGAACGGGAGCACCGCAGCUCGGCUUGACUAACCAGGCCAGUCUCAACCAGCUCUCUCAGAUUUUAUUAACCGCUGAAAAACAUCUCACUUGCGUUUUUAUCCACGGUUACACUGGAGAAAAGUCGGGGCUAAGAGUCCUCACUUAUAGUGACCGCCGUCAAUGUUUAUCUGACAGUUCAUUUUAACAUUGUCAGGUGAAGGAAAUCAGGUGAAGCUAUCACAAAGCUCUGCUAAGCCUUUUAUUACGCUCUCUAAAUUUUUAUCACAGUAGUUAUGAAGAUCAUUAUGGUGGUAUUUUAUCAGCUGGUCAACGUUUCCCGAAUGGACACAGGAUUAUUAAUCUCUUAAAACAAAUCUGUGCUCCGCCUUGUGAUCAAUUUAAAGCCCUUGGCCAAGAAAACUUGACCUUUUUAUUGAUACUAAACACUGAUUACUAUUGUUAUUUAACAACUACAUGUAAAGGCUGGGGCACAUUCCUUCUUUGUGGUGUGUAUACUACAUGAAAGGAUUAAUCAAGUUCACUUUUAACUUCUCUAAUUUGGCUUAAGUUUAAUAAAUUGAUAGUUAAAGGACUAAGUUUGACACCAGUUUCUUUUGGUUUCAUCAUGACUUCAUUGAAAUCUAGUGUGCUCCUACCUAUCAAAUGCAUUUCCCUUACUGUGAAGUCGUAAAGCCAAGCAAAGUUUAAUCCCUGACAAUCUCUAAAAAAUCCCAGGAGUCCUUCCAGAGUCCUCAAAGUCAUUUCAAACAAUCUGGGUUUAAGGAACUGAUGCAACCUCAGUAACGGGCAAUGACAUUUUUUUUUGCUUCUUGAAAAAACCUGGGUACUAGUGGCGAAAUGUUACCAAUCUUUAACUGUCUGUGAAGGAUUUGUCCUGAAUAAGAAAAGAUGUCUUGGUCCGUGUUUUUAAUCUAUGGCAAAUCACAAGCAGGAGAAACUAGGGCAAUGGUACAAUGUGAACUUAAGUGUCUUUAAUGCUGUAAAAUGUCUUGGUUUGGAUAAGAUGAAUGUGCGAUUAGUUUCAGAUGAAGCUGCUGAUGUUGAUCUCAAGACUUAAAAGACAGUGUUAGUAAAUCUUAAGACAUUUAGAUGAAAGUGGAUGAAUUUACCACUAUUUUUUGCGAUUUUAAUUUCUUUCAUAGUGAUUCCAUAAACUUGCAUAUCUGGAAAAAAACAAUCACAGUAUGUUUAUGCUCUUAAUUGCCAGUUUCUCAAACAAAUAGACCAAUAAUAAAAGUAACAGGAAAAUUAUACUAGAAAGGAAAUUUAACAUUCUUUAAUAUGAAAACAAAUAUGUGUGCACAAAUUAAUUGAUUUUGAAAUCAGGUUUCGGAAUAUUAGCAUAUUGGCAAUCAACAAAAGUCCAAUGUUAUGCACCCUCAUUGUUGUUAUUGUAAACAUUACCAUACAAACCUCCACUCACCAGUGAAAGACAGACCUUUCUUCAUCUUAAACACAUAUUCAUUGGCAGGUCAGAGUAAAGCAUUUGCAUCCUUGAUGGGGUUAAUUGUUAACCUCAGUUCAGAGUGUCUGUAUUGUAAAUUAUUAUCUUUGGCUGCAGUAGAGAACCUGUUUCUGUUGAUUAGCACAUUGGUCAACUGUCUGUGAAAUGGUUAUUAUGGCAAUCCCUGCAGGAGACAGAGAUCUAUGACUGUGAUAAUAGAACUGUUCCCAAUUCAGCACGACAGGACAUAGCAGGAAGUACGUACGCUCUGCUUUGAGUCACUUCAUAGCCUUGAAAUGUCAUUUUUGUAAUAAUUCAAGGAAUGAAGACUAUCUCUAACCUGUACACUUUCAUCGGUGACUUAUUUUAAAGUCUUUGUAGGAUUCUGUGUGAAGAUUAAAACCUGAUUAGGAGAAAACAGGUUCGCUCCUAAGUGUUGGUUCAUUCUGGAGGCCAACCUCUGGUCUCCCUUGUGUUGGUGACAAUGGGGGAGAUUAGAUGUUUAGAUAGUGAAUGAGUCUCAUGACUUGGCAUGCGCUUGCGUAUUGUGUCACUUCAACACAAUGCGGCCUUGCUGGAGGGUUGCAGGGUUUGCGUUAACACUAUGAUGCAAACGAAGGGCGGUUUUCUGAUCCUUUUAACAAAGUAAAAGUACUUAAAUGUAUUAACACUUUAGUCUGCCUUCUUAGAAAAAAAGAAAUUCCUGUCUUUGUUUUCUACAUCCCCAUGUGAUGCUUUCACACAGCUCUAUUUGUUUGAUGAGAUUUGUCUAAACCAAGUUUAUUUUAACUCAUUUAAUCUAAAAAAAAACAUGGAUAUUCAUAUUUGAUAUGGACAUGUGUGUAUGUUUGGUCUUUGUUUGCUAUAUAAAUGACUAAGAUAAAUAUUGUAUUAUAUUGUCGUAAUUAAUAUUUCAAAGCUGUCAUGUCUCAUUUGCCAAAGAUGAUUCAUUCCAGAUUUACUUGCAAAUUUUUGGACUCCAAAGUAUUUACUGAUACAGCCUCACUUAAUCAUAUUGUGCAGUGACAAAUUACAACUGUAGUGUGAUGUCGCCACUACUCUGUAAAUCUGUUGAAAAACUGUGGUCUACUCUAUCUACACUUCAACCAUAUGCUUCCUGUUUUAAACGGACAUGGCAUGAGGGUGAAUGUGUAACCUACAAAUGUCAUUAUUCACCCUGAACUGUCAGUAAUGGCUGCUUUAGAAUUGGGAUACAUUAUAGGCUUCUUUUUGUAGAACUUUUUAUUUUUGUUAAAUGAUAUAUCUCUUCACCAUAUUACAUGAGUAGUCACAUCGUCGAGGCUUACAAGGCAAAACUGACCCUGUGCGUGUCUUUUUGUCUGUUUGUGCGUCUGUGUUUGGUUGCAGGUGAGCAGCAAUGGAACCGCAGCAACAACAGAUGGCCAGGCUGUGCAGACAGCUGAAAAUGCACAGGAUCCUCAGCAGCAGCAACAGCAACAAGCACCUAACGCAUGGCAGGUCAUUAAAGGAGUCCUCUUCAGGUGAGUUUUAUUUGGUAUUUAAGCCUUUAGUUAAAAUCUUGCAAUUUAUCCCACAAACUUGCUAAUUUCAUGUGACCAGUUGUAUGAGAGUGAAGCUGAAAUUAGACUCUCGGAACAAGUUUUUCUUACUUGAUGGCUUGACAAGUGUCAGGUCUUUACAUUUUGGUCUGUAUUCACCAUGUCAGUGUUUUUGUCCAUCGUUCUUGUUAUUGAAGGUUAAUUUAAUUCCCGGAAACAGCAAAACAAAAGACUAAACUAACGAAAGUUGUUUUUUUAAGGGUCAGCGUUUUAGAUAAAAAAUGUUAUUGCGUUAUUGCAAAUUCAUGCCUUUGACAUCAGACUUUGUUGUACAGUUAAUGAUUUGAAAGUGUAUGCACCAGAAUUAUAUUACUGCCCCGCUCAUGUAGUGUGAAGUUGCUCUCAUGCGAACAGGAUUUAAAAUUCAUUUAAAUCAAAUUAAAAUAAACCGCCACUGUUAAAAACAACUGAGACUCAUUUUUCCGCUCAUUCUUCAGCUGCAGGUUUCUAAUCUAUUAGCCCGCUCUGUGUGGUCCCUUAUAAUAUUGUUAGGAACUCUCAACUCUGUCACAAAUAAAUUGCCUCCCAGAAAAUGAAACUGAACUUAAUGGAUGACUCUGCAGAGUCAGAUUUUCUCAGGCUGGUGCUGUUAAGUAGAGAGGGCUUCAGUUGAAUAUCAUCUUUGACUAGAUGGAGGAUGGUCAUAUCAAGAUGGAGUGUAAAUAAAAUGCUGUUUGACUGGAUACAGUUCAAUCAGAUAAGACUCCAUCCCCCUGUCACAUUCCUCUGCACCUGCAUAUGUAAAGCACCUUGAAUUGUCCUGCUGCUGAAAUGUGCUAUACAAAUAAACUUGACUUGACUUGACUUGACAAACUGAGUUUUGUUGUCUAAAAUACACUAUAUUUGUCCAUUUACAAACAUCAGGGUGAAUUCACUCAUUACCUUUGCAGCUCUUUUUAGUUUUUAUUUCUGUCCCUUAUCAACCCUGUCUGUAUUUGAUUUAGUAAAAUUUAGUAAAUUUUUUUCCUUCUGUUUCUCCAGAAUCUUCAUAAUCUGGGCGAUCAGUAGUUGGUUCCGCCGAGGGCCCUCCACCCCUGACCCUAACACACCAGCUGGGGCACCAAGAGUACCGAGCAGGAACCUCUUCCCCAAGGACACACUCAUGGUAUUACACCUGUCCUCUCACUUGCUUCUUUAUCUGCACAGUCAGCUGUUAUUAAACCUUUUUCAAUUGAGGCUAUCCGUUUUCCAACCCCUUCAGUAUCACAAGUGCAAACCUGUGUCAUCUAUCCCUUUAGGACUGACUCAUCUGCUCACUCCUGACUGUGUAACAACAUAAACACCUCUUAUUUUCUCAUCACACCUGUAGGACCUGUACGUGUACGUGUCCCAGGAGGAGGUGUUCACUGACUUCAACAAUACAGAAGCCCUGUUCUGGUUCCACAGGGACCUGGUCUAUGGAGACUGGACCACGGGGGAGAGUGGGGAUGGCUGUUAUGAACACUACAAGGAGAUGGACAUCCCUGAAGUAAGGAUGAUUUAAGGAUAGAGGGGAGUUAAUUUAGAGAAAGAUGGGAGACAAACAGGUAGAUGAUUGAUAAGAAGGAAGGAAAAUACAUGCUAAUGAUGUAAGUGACAGAUUUUUAAUAUCGAAGUGAAUAUUUACCCCUGUUUGGUGUCUGCCUGCAGAAGGUGCAGCAGAAUGGAUCACUCUACAUGCACGUCUAUUUCACUAAAAGUGGAUUCCAUCCAGAUCCAAAACGCAAGGGGCAGUAUCGCAGACUGGCAACAGUGCAUGCAACACGAAGUAAGUGGAUAAUUACGACGCAAAUUGUGAACUGAAGUGUUCACCAACCAGCUGUUACAUUCUGAAUAAUUAUCAGCAAUAUAAUUGAACCCAAUCACAACAUCUCUACAACAAAGUUAACUUUCAGAAAGCUUCAAAUAUUUCAGUUUUGUGAACGUGAACUUCCAUGUAAUUACUGGCUUUGUAUUGAUUAGUGAGGAUGCAGUGGACUGUGGUGGUGUACUUGAAAAGCGUUCCUUAUAUUUCAUCAUUUACAAACAUGACGGGAAAUAUAGGGAACACCUUUCAGUGUGAUUCACUCCAGCACACCACCAACACCUACUGCAUGGUCACCUGUCUGACCAGGUCAACAAAGAUUGUAGAGGCUCUGUAAAAGUCGACUCUGUGGUGGAGCUAUUGUAUUGGGCUGCAUUAGAUUGCUCAGGUGUUAUCGUGUUAUGGCUGGUUGAUUAUAAAUGUUUUAACAUGUUUAUUUGUCUAUUUUUCUAGUGUUGAAUAAAUUCAAAAGAAGAAAGUUUCUGAAAACCAAGAAUCUACUAACAGGAGAGACAGAGGCAGAUCCUGAAAUGAUCAAGGUGGGUUGAUUUUACCAUCACUCACACUGUCACUGAGCUUGACCAAUAUUUUUGCAUUCAGUGGUGUGUUUGAGGCAAAUCCAAAUCUUUGCAUAAACAACCGAUCAACAAAAACAAAUCACAUAAAUGCCUUAAAGUUCAAAGUUAGUUUGAAAUUUAGGUCACACUAAAAGAGUUUAUAAACGGAGCAGUGCCAAGUUGUUCAACGUCCAGCUUAUCCCAGGAUUGGACUAGAGGUGCUUUGGGUCGAUGUGGAUAUCUGGUUUAUGCUCUUAUACAAUAAUCAGUGUUUUUCCAAGAUUAUUUGGUAAAAUCAGGGGUGCACUGAUCGAAUCUUAAAAACCACCUGUUUUCUAGUUAGCUAAUAAAUCAGGCUGAUUAAUGGCAAUGAGGUGAUUGAUUUGAUAUCUCUUUCAAAUCAUGAUGCAGAGACCCAACACUGGCCGACAAGAACAGUCAAGGGGAUCAGAACACCGUAUGUGAUGUGGUAAUCUGCUGUGUUAGAUAUGAUUAUUGUCAAAGCCACCAAAACAUUAAUAGUUUAAAACGGUUCAGGGUUUCCUGGUGUUUCAUCUCAAAUCGGAGGGAUAUCAAGAGAAUUGUUUGAGGCUCAUCACUUUCACACAUUUGAUGACAUGUGUCUCCUCACAGCGGGCAGAGAGCCACGGUCCAGUGGAGAUCAUCUCUCAUUGGCACCCCAACCUCACCAUCAACAUGGUGGACGACCACACUGCCUGGGUCAAAGGCUCUGUACCCCCUCCUCUAGACCAACGUGAGUUCCUCCUGUCUAUUCUGAAUACAGCACAGAACUGUACACACCACAGGUCCCAAUAGUAAUAGCAACGAUUUUUGUAUUCGGAGAAAUUAUUUUGACACUGAACUUCCCCCCUCUAACACCAGAUGUCAAGUUCGAUGCUGUAAGUGGCGACUACUAUCCCAUUGUUUACUUCAAUGACUACUGGAACCUUCAGAAGGACUACUAUCCCAUCAACGAGACCCUGACAGCACUCCCACUCCGCCUAAACUACUGCCCACUGUCCCUGUGGCGCUGGCAGCUGUAUGCUGCCCAGAAUGCCCGCUCUCCAUGGAACUUCCUUCCUGAGGACACCUAUGAGCAGUCUGAUGAGGACCAAGACUCUGUCAAGGUAAAAGAUUAACGGUCAUAGAUUGAAAUGAUCUUGUUUGACUCUGGAUAUGAAAGUAGAAAUCUCAAAUGUUCACUUUGAGUCAAAGCACAGAUCGAACACUGAAAAUAAACUAGAGUCUGGUAUGAUCGAUAUGUACCCUGACUGCACAACAAAUUCAAAUGUUUGAAUUGUGAGAACAUAAAAAACUUCUCACAGAUUACCUGAGACAAAUCUGGCCCAGAUUUAAAAAAUUUGAACCAUGACAACUUCAUCACUUCAGAACAGAAAAGCGAGUGUCAAAGCUGUUUAUAGUUAAUGUGUUGAGAUUGUACAAAAAGAGCAAGCCAAAUGUUUUAUUUCAAUUAAUUAUUAUUCAAGCAUAUACAGCUUCAGAUAUUGUGAUGUUGUAGAGUUUGCUUGAAAAAAAAUGCCGCACUGGAUCACUUAAAAUAAAAAACUGAACCUGUGCUUUUGGGCUCCAAAUGUGGUUUAAGUCUCAGUUGUCAAACACCUUGUAGAGUACCUAUUUUGUUGCAUAUCAUCAAAAGCGAAUGACUAAUCCUUAGUACUUGAAGAUUUGUAAUUCAAAUAUUUAUAUAAUCAACUGUGUGGGCAUUUUCCAGGUUUGUGCUCACAGCUGCCACUGUUGGAAGAUGAAUACUGAGAUGUUUCACUGAAAAAAAACAACCCUCUCUUUGUGUAGGUGGCCCUCCUGGAAACUAAUCCAUACCUGCUGGGACUCACUAUUGUUGUCUCCAUUGUGCACAGCAUCUUUGAGUUUCUCGCCUUUAAGAAUGGUAAGCUCGCAGCGGCGGCAGGUGUUUGUUGUCAUUGUUGUUGUUUGAUGGUAAGGAACAGCCAUUGUUUGAGUGUCAGUGCAGACCUCAGCUUCAACUUGGCACUUUGUCUCCUCAGACAUCCAGUUCUGGAACAGCAGACAGUCUCUAGAGGGCCUGUCGGUGCGCUCCAUCAUAUUUGGAGUGUUUCAGUCUCUGGUGGUGCUGCUGUACAUACUGGACAAUGAAACCAACUUUGUGGUUCAAGUCAGCGUCUUCAUCGGCCUUCUUAUUGACCUGUGGAAAAUCACCAAGGUCAUGGAUGUCAAAGUAAGUCAGACUAAGUCUUUAAUGGAGCUCAAACAUACCUUUUGAAUGUGUUUGUUACAUUUUGUAUUACACUGCAAUGACUGUAUAUAUUAACCACCUAUGUAUGUGUUUCUUCCAGUUGGACAGAGAGAACAAAAUUGCAGGAAUAGUGCCAAGAUUGGUAUUCAAAGAUAAGUCAACAUACGUGGAGUCCUCAACCAAAAUCUAUGACGAUGUAAGUUCAUGUAAUACUCAAUUUGAAACUUUUAAAAUGGGCUUUUCCCAGAAGUUUAAAAACGUCUUUGAGUUAUAAGUGAAGGUACAACAGUUCCUGUGAUUGACUAAGUGUACUGUGGAGAAUGGCAGGCCAAAUACCCAGUUUGUGGACAUGGAUAAGAUUCCACAGGAUUAUGUUAAAGUAGUAAAAUGAGUAGUAUUUCAUUUAUUCAAACUGUGUAAAUUUAUUAUGUCUGAUCAUUCUUGUCUUUGUCUUAUCUACAGAUGGCCUUUAAGUAUUUGUCGUGGCUGCUCUACCCUCUGUUUGGCUGCUAUGCUGUCUACAGUUUACUGUAUGUAGAGCACAAAGGCUGGUACUCGUGGGUACUCAGCAUGCUCUAUGGCUUCUUGUUAACCUUUGGUAAGUUUGACUUUUUUUUUUUUUUUUUUUUUAUAACUUCAUCCCGACAGUAUCUGAUGAAUUCAACCCCUUUUCUUACUCAUAGGUUCCACUGCGAGCGUAUGUUGUACAUUUUGUCAGUCUCUUCUGGAGCUGUUUUGUGUCUAUUCUAGUCACUGCUUGUUUCACCACAGGAAGCGCAUCUCAGCACCAUCCCAGAAGCUCCAUCCCCUGCUCAGCUAAAGAAUUAUACAGUCUAUUUUUGAUGGAGUUUGUCAUGUAGAAAAGAAAAGCCUUUUGAUGAUAGAUAUAUUUUUAACAUCCAUGGAACAGCCACAUAUCUGUCAUCCAGGAGUUUUAGAAGCACAAAAGCCAUAGAAUAAUGUUCAAAUGAAAUAAAAGUAAACCCAGAAGAUAUGUAACCUGUUUUUAUCCUCAAACAGACCAGAUGCUUCAGCGCUAGUGCUCCAAACUAGAUUGGGCAGGGUGCAGGCUAUCAGAUGGAGCAAAACUGUGGUGCUAAUGAAGCUUGACAUUUGCUUCCUGUGAUACCAAGACUUUAGAGUCACUCUUAUCCCUCCUUCUUAGAUCAGUUUCUAUUUCAUUGUCUAGAUUUGACUCUCUUACUGACGUGUAGUGUAUUCUUAUUACAUCAGUUUAUUUUUGAAAGUCAGAGAUGAGAAACCAUUGUCUUUCUUCUUCAGCGAUAGUUUGUGAAUGUGUACAGAUCUGACUAAUGUUUUCAUACCUGCAUCAUAGUGACAUAUCUAAUUCUUAGUGGCUUCCUUUAAUGUGCUGUGUUUUAUUUGCUUGCACACACAGUUAAUGCUGUUUGCUAAUGUUCUGCCUCAGGGAUGAAACUGUUUCUGUCACUCAAUUCAUGCCUGCCUUCUUCUGUCUGCUUUUUUUUCAGGCUUCAUCACAAUGACGCCGCAGCUCUUCAUCAACUACAAAAUGAAGUCUGUGGCCCACCUCCCAUGGAGGAUGCUCACAUACAAGGCACUCAAUACCUUUAUUGAUGACCUGUUUGCCUUUGUCAUCAAGAUGCCCAUGAUGUACAGGAUAGGGUGCCUCAGAGAUGGUAUGUCUUCCUGCAGCUAAAUGUAGAUAUCUUUAUUUUUAUGGGUUUACAUGUUGCCUCCAAAAAAUUUGACUAAACUCUUCCAACAAAUUAAAAAAGGAGUCAUUAUGAACCCGAGCGCUUUGAUAGCCUAUCAGAGGCAGACGGGUAUGACGAUUUGAUUCGCCACGACUCGAGAAAUGAUUGAAAAACUACAGAAUGUUACAAAAUGAUGUAUCCGCGCUCCUGGCUUGAAGGGUAGAAAUAAUCAGCUGCACCGCCGGCUCGGAAGGUUGAAAUGCGUACACGCUUCUCCCAGCCUGAAGGGUUGAAAUACGCACAUGCACCCGGCUUUCCGAGUAGAAAUGCGUACAUGCUGUCCCGGUUUAAAUGGGAUAAAUCACUUGGGCAAGAUAUCGGUUGAUGAAAUAAUAGUGGACUUGAAUUGACUUGCUCUCAUCUCCUUUUUCAGAUGUGGUGUUCUUCAUCUACCUUUAUCAGCGCUGGAUCUACCGGGUGGAUCCCAACAGAGUCAAUGAAUUUGGCACCAGUGGAGUCGACCACAUCCAGGACAAUAAAGCAGCGACAGAUAGCGCUCCUGCUGCAGCCUCUGCAAUCACAGACAAACCAGAGGGGGAGAAGAAGAACGAUUAA